AUGAGCAAUGAAGACUUUGAAUUUUCCAAGAGCACUAUACAGAAGUACAAAACUAUGUUUCAGAUAAUAGACAAAGAUGGCGAUAAUCACAUAUCUGUUUCGGACUUGCACGACGCCUUUAAUGGCAUUGGACAUCGAAUAGAAGAAGCAGAGGUCAAGAACAACUUACUGGGUGAAUUUGAAGACAACAAAAUCGACUUCAAUGCAUUUCUCAGAAUUGUGGGGUCCAAGUUUGGUGGCUUUAGUAGUGAAGAAGAGUUGAAAGAUGCCUUUUCAACCUUUGUUGAUUCUUCGGGCAAUAUAGAAGGUAAGGCUUUUAAGGAAGACGUCGCCAGCGUUACCGAAGCUCAAGAAGAUAAGCAACCGAUUGAAGAGGUCAUUGACGAAUUUACAAAGGAAAAUAGAAUAACAAGCUACAAAAAAGUUGACUCUGAGAAAUUUAUUGAUAACGUUAAAAUCUAG